CCAUCCUUUUCUUGGCAGCUGAUAAGGUGCGGGUUACAUACUAUGGCAAGCUUUGGUUUAAACCGAGGGUCGAUGACGCCCUUGAAAUACUUGAUCCCCGAUCCCUUGCGUCUCUACCAUCCUGCUUGCCCUUCUUCUCUCUUCUUUUUUCACUCCUCGGGCCCUUUCGUCUUGCCCGUUCUUAAUCUUCACCCUUCGCUUCCCGAGUGGCCGAUAUAUCAUGGCAUCCAGCUCCAGCUUGAGUCCACAUGACACCAAGACGGGAUCGAUACACGAUGAGCCUGUGAAGGCUGGCCAUUACACCACUGAGACGAGCAUCGUCGAGGAUGUCGUCCAGGUCACAGAUAACCAGGCAGAGAGGCGUCUGUGCCGAAAAUUCGAUCUGCGCUUGCUGCCAGUGCUGGCGUUGAUGUAUCUAUUCAAUGCGCUAGACAAGGGCAACCUCAGUAACGCAGAAACGGAUGGGAUGAGUGAUGACUUGCAUUUCAAGUCCAACCAGUACAACCUGCUGCUCUCGAUCUUCUAUGUACCCUAUGUCAUCUUCGCGCCGCCAUUUGCGAUGCUGGGCAAGCGGUUCAGCCCAGCGCGGGUGCUGCCUGUCCUCAUGUUCAGCUUCGGCUCGUUCACGCUUCUCGCCUCAGCAGCCCGCAAUUUUGGCGGCAUGUUUACUCUCCGCUGGUUCCUGGGGAUGUCCGAAGCGGCUUUCUUCCCCCUGGUUAUCUACUACCUAACGACCUUUUACCGCCGGGGAGAGCUGGCGCGCCGACUGGCCAUCUUCUAUGCGGCGUCCAAUAUCGCCAACGCCUUUUCGGGGCUUAUCGCGUUCGGCGUCUUCCAGAUCAAGAACUCGACGAUUCCGAACUGGCGCUACUUGUUCAUCAUCGAAGGCAGCGUGACCGUACUCUUCUCGUGCUUCGCAUUCUGGUACCUGCCGCGGUCCGCCAGCGAAGCCAGCUUUUUGAGCCUCGACGAGAAAGCCCUGGCCUAUCACCGCAUUCAAGUCGACUCGUCCGCGGUUGUCAACGAAGCCUUCAACCUGCGCGACGCCCUGCAGAUCUUCCGCCACCCCUCCACCUACGCCUUUUUGGGGAUUGAAAUCUGCCUCGGCGUGCCCCUCCAGGGCGUCUCCCUCUUCAUGCCGCAGAUCAUCCAGCGCCUUGGCUACACGACGGUGAAAACCAACCUCUACACCGUCGCCCCCAACGUGACAGGCGCCGCCAUGCUCCUCGUCCUCGCCUUCGCCUCCGACGCCGCCCGCCUGCGCUCCCCCUUCAUCGUCUUGGGCUUCCUCCUCACCUUUACCGGGUUCAUGAUCUACGCAGCCAUCUCCGACGUCGAGCGUCAGCUCCACCUCGCCUACUUCGCCACCUUCAUGAUGACCUGGGGCACCUCCGCCCCCAGCGUCCUGCUGAGCACCUGGUAUAACAACAACAUCGCCCACGAGGGCCGCCGCGUUCUCCUCACCAGCAUCGGCGUCCCCCUCGCCAACCUCAUGGGCCUCGUCGCCAGUAACGUCUUCCGCGCCCAGGACAAGCCCAAGUACAUGCCUGCGCUCGUCACCAUCGCCGCCUUCGGCGCCACGGGCGCCGUUCUCGCCGCUUCCUUGGGGGUCUUCAUGUUGCUGGACAACCAGCGCCGCGACGCCCGGGCAGGAUGCAAGGUGCGCGCGCAGGAUGUGCCUACCGAGCGGUUGCGGGAUGGGCCGGCUUCGGCGGAGUUUCGGUGGUUCUUGUAGAUUUCCCCCUGAAAAACAUAUUUCUUGUUUUCUUGUUACUCUUUUUAGUGUUGCUUUUGAG